GGAGUGCGCCGGCGCGCGUGUGUGAAGCGCGUAGAAGCCACGCCACCUCCUGAGAGGGGUUCCCUUUUCCAACAGUACGCAAAGAGCAGAGAGGCUGACGGAGCUCUUUUAAUGUCUGCAAACUCGCACAACAAACAACAAGGAAGUCCCGCAGAGGAUCGGCUGGAAACCUGAACUCAGAGUGCGGUUCUGAAAGUGAAAUGACCAGAUUUGAAGGGUGAUUUGAGCCGUUUUUGCGCCUCUCGUGCGCUCUCUCGUCGGAUCUCCAAUGCCCAAAGAGUACAAGAGAAAGUCCUCAAAAGACUUGGGGAUAACUGGAACCCCUUUAAACGAGGGGUCACGUUCAGAGAGAAGAACAGCCGGAAAGUCCUCUCAGAUCUGCGAUGAUCUGCUGCAGAAAGCCUCUCUGCACUGCGCUUCAUCAGCAACAGGAGAGCCGCUUGUGAUGGAUGCUCGCCAGGUACCGCAGGUGACCAUCACCCCGGAGGGAGGCGGUUCCUCACGGGAGAUGCAGCAGGAGGACUUGGAGGAUCCGGUGGAGGGUACCCUGCGCAGGAAACUGUCCAACUCUUCCAUCUCCUCCACGGGCUCCUCUAUUGCGGAGUCCGAGGAUGAUUUACUGAGUGACAACGAGAGCAAAAGCAAAGGCAUCGUCACGUUAGAGCCUCUGGUGGACACUGGAGAGGCCAAGCCGUGGUGGAAGUUAAAGACAGUCGUCUCCUGGCCCUUUGGUGCUACCCAGAGGAGGAAACUGAACUGGGUUCAGCUGGCCGGGCAUAAAGGAAACUUCAAAGCGGCAGACGAGGGCACCAUCCUGAAGAAGUUCUCUGAGAACGAGAUGCAGUGUUUCGAGAAGCUGAAGGAGGACGUGCUGCUUCCGUUUGUGCCUGGUUACCAUGGCGUUGUGGAAAAAGAUGGAGAGUCCUUCCUUCAUAUGACUGACCUGCUGGCGAACUUUGACCUCCCGAAUGUCAUGGACUGCAAGAUGGGUGUGAGGACGUAUUUGGAGGAUGAGCUGGUCCGAGCGAGGGAGCGACCUAAGCCAAGAGAAGACCUGUACAAGAAGAUGGUGGAGGUGGACAGUGAUGGGCCAACUCCUCAGGAACACACCCAACAAGGAGUCACCAAACCUCGCUACAUGCAGUGGAGGGAGAGCAUGAGCUCCACCAACACAAUGGGCUUCAGGAUAGAGGGGAUCAAGAAAUGUGACGGCACAUGUCGAACUGACUUCAAGAAAACCCGAUCGAAGCAGGAUGUCAUCCAGGUGUUCAGGGACUUUGUCAAAGGAAAUGUAGACAUCAUAGAGUCUUACCUCAGCAGACUGACAGACAUCGAGCAGGCCCUGAAGACAUCCGACUUCUUCAGGCAACACGAGGUCAUUGGCAGCUCUCUGCUCUUUCUCCAUGACCACAAGGGCAAAGCCCAGGUCUGGAUUAUUGACUUCGGAAAGACCACAGCGUUACCAGAAGGCCAGACACUGACCCACAACAUUCCCUGGCAGGAAGGCAACCGAGAGGAUGGCUACCUGUGGGGACUGGAAAACCUCAUCCAAACACUGAAGUCUGUGAGAAGUGAAGGGACUAGUGGAGAAACAUGUUGCUCAGUUACCAAAGAAACAGAUGGUCAGUGACCUUUGACUUAAGAUGGGUGAAGGGAACUGACUAUUUUAGUGGACAUCAUGAAGGAGAUGUUUAGUGUAGCUCAGAUAGAGCUUUAUAAAACCACUGACAAUAAAGAUACAAUAGACACUGAACAGAGAGGAGAAUGUGUCACUAGUUUCUGAAUGAUUUAGCAAAUAAACUGACACUAAUUCAACUUUGUACGUGAUGAACAGAAGUGAAAGUUUAGAGAUUCUGUGUUUCAGGAAUGGGAUAUUACAUGUGAAGAAAUACGAAUUUAAUCAAUGAGACAGUUUAGUUUAAGUUGAUGCAUGACCGGGCCAGAGACCUCAUAGUCAUUUGACUGCUGCACAUAACACAUUGUCAUUAUAGAAAUACAUAUUGUAUAAGGAUUUCAAAAUAUUAUCACUCACUGUGAGGAGAAACGGUCUUUAUUGUAUAACAGUUUCAGUUCUUCCACAGAUUUUUUUUGUUCCCUGUAAUCAAACUUUAAUUUAAACUUAAAAAUUACAUUUUAAUCACUUUUAUUUCAUGGGCCGUUACAAAAUGUGUAGGAUCUGUACACUGCACUGUUUGUUCUAGCACAAUCUUUGGUUGGUCUUGGGUUGAGAUGUAAAUGAGUGAGAAUGUAAAUGGAAUUAAAAAGGGAAAAUGUUAUUUAAA